AUUAGAUUAGCGCAUGAAAAUAUUUCCGUGAUAUUUCCUAAACCAAACCUGAAUAUUCUGAAUGAAAAACCGAAAAAUAAAUAGUGUUAUUUCCUGAGAUGCUGUAGUGUAUAAUAAUAAAGAGUAACUAAACAGUGAUAACUCUACCGCUAUGGCUUUAAGGGGCAGGACGGUCGGCGAGAUUCCGAAAGAUGCAGUCGAACUUACGCCUGUCGAAGCUACCAAUUAUGUCUGGGAGCUAAUUUCUAAUUGGGAAUCUUUCUCCGACACAUGGGCGUUACGUUACGGGCCGGUGGUCUUAGGAGGCAUGAGUGCGUUGUCUGGCGUCAUCAUAAAUGAUCACUACAGGAAGAAAUUAAAGUUGGGCAACUUUGGAUUUUUCUCCUCCGUGAUACCUAUUUCCGUGAUGCCUGGGUUAAUGACGGCAUUGUUUCAUAGACAUUUGGUAUCAACAGAGAUGUUAUUGAUGAAGAAAGAAGCCUGUCCCAUUUGCUACGAGCUCAAAUCUGCAGUCAUCCAGUGGGGUCUCGGUGUCGCCUACCCCAUGGUGUUGGGUCCUGCAUCAGCUUUAAUGUUCGCCAACAGAUACUCCACAUACAGAGUACCCAAUCUAAUAGAGGGGCCUAAAGUAAUGUUCGAGUUCUUAGCAAAACUAACCAAGCCCUUCUACUCAACUUUAGUUUACAUGGGCGCGUUCCAGUUGGUGAUGUCGUCUGUGCUGACAUAUUUUGAAAUGAAGAAUCAUAUCACUGUCAGGUUAAAGAUAUUGGAGAUUGAAGAAAAAGUUAUGGCCGAACAUGGGCUUGAAUAGUUUUUAUUGUAAGUAGCUUGUU